AUGUCAGAAAACUGUGCUGUUCCACUGUGUCUUCCAAACAACUGUAAAUGGGAUGAACAGACUGGGGAAUACACGCGAGAUGAGGAAGAAGAGAGGACCGGCCUCUGCGUUAUUGAGGCUGCUUUGGAGCGAUUGAAAAAUGUGAAAGGUAGCGGUGUAUAAAAUAUCUUAAAAUAUCUUAGUUUGUGCAUAAUGUGACCGGGCAGAAGAACAUCUGAAUUCUAAUGUAGAAAUUGGUGCUGACUUAUGAUUAAUUAACUGGAGAUGAAGACGUUCCCAAGAAAAAAAAAAGAGAAUUAAUCAAAUGCAUCUGCAUGCAAGGUUGCUAGCGCUCGGUCAGUUAAUCGUCAAACCGAAUGUAAACAGGAACAUAAAUUUGGAUCACACAUACAAGUUCCUUCAAAACUGCAAAAAAAAAAACAGGCACAACUUCAGAAUAAUUCGCUUUAGCUUUUCUUGUAGCUUAAUUGCAAUUGCGAUUCCAGAAUAAAACCUAGGCCACGGUGAAUCAAUGUAUUCCGGCAUUCCAUUUAGAAAACAACGUACAGACAUGGUCACAAAAAGCGUUUGGAGCAAAAAGGUCAUUGAUGCUGCCAUUUGCAUUUAAUAAGCUUGUAAUAUUUAAAGCUAAGAAAAACCUACCGUUAGUAUGUAAGCUCCGAAACGUUUUGCAGCUCUUAGUAAGACAGAACAAUGCCAAGAAUACACUUGACUGAUUUCAUUUUGAUAUUCUGUUUCAGGCCCUGUUUGUGUGGUGUCCAUUGCAGGGCCUUGUAGGAAGGGCAAAUCCUAUAUCUUAAGUAAAGCUUUUGAACAGGGAGAGGUUUUCCCCCUUGGUCAUGAGCUGGACCCUGAGACAAUGGGAAUAUGGAUGUGGAUUGUGCCUGAAAAAUUCCAGGUAUAUAUAUUGUCAUUAUUUAAUUAAGGUGGUUUAAUACACAAGUAUUUAAAUUAAAGGAAACUUUUAAUCCUUUGUUUGGAAAUUAAGAACACCUUGCGGUAAAUCAACUCCGAGACAUUUUGGCAACUAAAACAGCUUUCAAUUUUAGGCGACGGCACAACAGAGUACGACCCGCUUAUUGACCGAUCACAGCGUCCAUAGUAACUGAGAGGUUAAACAGCUGUCUCAUUUAUCGCAGGACGCUAAUGGACUGGAAGUCACAGUUGUGUUACUGGACUCGGAGGGAAUCGAUGCUGUGUCAGGAGAAGGCGCAGAUGAUCACUGUAUAUUUACACUGACUAUUUUACUGUCUUCAAUGCUGAUUUACAACUCAGCCGGAGUACCAACCAGGACCGACCUAGAUGGACUCGAGUAUCCUUAA